UUGUUUGUUAAUCUGUCAACUCAAAUCCCAUCAUCUCAUUUUAUAUCAAUCAAUCAAUCAAUCACUAUUACCAUAUAUCCAUCCCCACAUACACUAGUUACAUAAAUUUCAAUACCACCUAACCAAACAAAAAAAUAUGUCCAUUUCUUCCACCACCACCACCACCACCACCCCCCUACCUUCUCCUCCGCCACAAUCAUCAUCCCUCCACCACCACUCCACCGAUCAUGAUCAGCUAUGCUAUGUUCACUGCACCCAUUGCGACACCAUCCUCGUCGUGAGUGUUCCUAGCACAAGCUUGUCGAAGACGGUGACCGUCCGGUGUGGCCACUGCACCAACCAUUUGCCGGUCAACAUGCGUGGCUUGAUGCCGCUACCGCCGCCACUGCUCAAUCAGUUUCAUUUUUUAACUCCUCCUCCUUCAUCUACACAUGGUUUUCAGGAUGACCGAGUUCCAGAUGUGAUGAACUCAAACUUUGUGAUGAAUCAGCUGACAACCCCAAGAGGAUUGAAUGAUCAUCUGUCCAAACACCCUCUGGUUAUUAAUAGAGCACCUGAGAAGCGGCAGAGAGUGCCAUCGGCCUACAACCGAUUCAUCAAGGAAGAAAUACAAAGGAUCAAAGCAAGAAAUCCGGAUAUUAGUCAUAGAGAAGCUUUUAGUGCCGCAGCCAAGAACUGGGCUCACUUUCCACACAUUCACUUUGGUCUGAAGGGUGAUCAGACUAGUGCUGGUGUCAACAAGAACAGCAUGCGCCAACAGGAGACAGAACGUGGUGGUUUUAUAAAAGAAAACUUAUUUGCUGCUUCAAAUGUUGGGGUUUCUCCUUAUUAUUAAUUAACUUUACUAGCUAGCUACUACUUCUCGAUCGAUCCUUUGGAAGUUUUUUUUUUUGAUAAACUUAAAUCUAGCUUCUUGUUUGUUUGUGUGUACCUUCCAGUUUUAUCUACUCAAAUAUUGUACUUUUUGACAAGAGUAAUGUUGGAGUUCAAUUCCUAUAAGUAAAUUUGUAUUUUUCCUUUUGAAA